CGUGUCCGAACGCACAGACGUCGCUGAGUUCCCUUUCUUCGCACAGCACCAGCCCAAUUGAACCCCACUGAACCCACUGGAUCAGUGUGUUCACCAACGGAAAGAUAGAAGAGACGCUGAGCAUCUUGGGGAGGCAAGAGCAGUAGCAUCCCACCGCAGGCACAGCACCAGUGCUCCGAAAUCACACUCUCAACAACACUCCGUAAUCCCCACCUACCCACAACCAACAUGGUCGACCGUAAACGCCCACGCCCCACCUCCCCAACCCGCCCCUUCAGCGACGACAACCCGGCCUCCUCGCCACCCCCCCGGAAUGGCGAUGAAGCGCAGCCAUUUGAAGAGGAAGCAGAGGAAGCGGAUGAAGUCUUCGUGGACGAUGUGUUGGAUAGAGAUUACCGUGAAAACGUGCGCCUCGACCGAUACGAGAUCGACGACGCGGCCGAAGCCGAGGAGCUCGACGCGAUGGAUCUCGAGACCCGGCAGCUCGUGGAGGCGAAAUUGAGACGGCGCGAUCGCGAGGCGGCUAGACGGGAGGGGAGGUUGCCUGCUGCUUACAUGGAUGAUGAUGAUGAUGAGGAUCUGGACGGCCCCAUGCCUGUGCGCAGACGCCGGAGACAUGGGUUGGACGAUCUGCAGAUGGAUCUGGAUGGCGAGGUGGAAGUCCCCGCCGACAUCUCCGAUGUGCGCGGCCCGCUCAACGAGUGGGUGAUCAUGGAUGGCCCACGCCAGACCAUCAAGCGCGAAUUCCACCAUUUCCUGACCUCGUUCGUGAACGAGCAGGGGGAGUCGGUCUAUGGAGAGCGGAUCCGGAAUAUGUGUGAAGCCAACGGCGAAUCCCUCGAAGUCAGCUACGUGCACCUCGCAGAAGUGAAACCGAACCUCGCCUUCUACGUUGCCAACGUGCCCGCCGAAACAUUAAAGAUCUUUGACGUUGUGGCCCUGGAGGUGGUGCUGAUCGGGUUUGAGGAGUAUGACAAGAUCAAGAAUGAGAUUCAUGUCCGGAUGACUGAUUUGCCUAUGUGUGAGACUUUGCGGGAUCUGAGACAAACACAUCUCAACACCCUCGUCCGCGUCACGGGCGUCGUCACCCGCCGCACGGGCGUCUUCCCCCAACUGAAGUACGUCAAGUACGACUGCGUGAAAUGCGGUGCCGUCAUUGGGCCGUACUACCAGGACGCCAACACGGAGAUCCGGGUGGGAAACUGCACGAGUUGUCAGUCUAAAGGGCCCUUUAAUGUUAAUGCUGAGGAGACGGUGUACAGGAAUUAUCAGCGUCUGACGCUCCAGGAAACUCCCGGAUCGGUGCCCGCCGGACGUCUGCCGCGGCACAAGGAUGUCAUCUGCUUGUGGGAUUUGGUCGACUAUGCGAGGCCUGGAGAGGAAGUGGAAGUCACAGGAAUCUACCGCAACAAUUUCGACGUGUCGCUCAACACGCGCAACGGGUUCCCGGUCUUUGCCACGGUCAUUGAGGCCAACUCGAUCACGAAGAAGGAGGAUGCAUUUGCGAGCUUUAGGUUGACGGAGGAUGAUCAGAAGAAGAUUCGGCAGUUGGCCAAGGAUCCGAAGAUUUUGAGUCGGAUCAUCAAAUCGAUCGCGCCCUCCAUUUACGGGCACGACGAGAUCAAGACGGCGCUCUCUCUCGCCAUGUUCGGCGGCGUCUUCAAGAACCCCCAAGGCAAGCACCGACUCCGUGGCGACAUCAACGUCCUCCUCCUCGGCGACCCGGGAACGGCCAAAUCGCAGUUCCUCAAAUACGUCGAGAAAACCGCCCACCGCGCCGUCUACACCACCGGCCAGGGCGCGUCCGCCGUCGGUCUCACCGCCUCGGUGCACAAGGACACGGUCACGCGCGAAUGGACCCUCGAAGGCGGCGCGCUAGUCAUGGCCGACAAGGGCGUGUGCCUGAUCGACGAGUUUGACAAAAUGAACGACCAGGACCGCACAUCCAUCCACGAAGCCAUGGAGCAGCAGAGCAUCUCGAUCUCCAAAGCGGGCAUCGUCACCACCCUGCAGGCCCGCUGCGCCGUCAUCGCCGCCGCCAACCCGAUCCGCGGACGAUACAACUCCCAAGUCCCCUUUUCGCAGAACGUGGAGCUGACCGAACCCAUCUUGUCCCGGUUCGAUGUGCUGUGUGUUGUGAGGGAUCUGGCGGAUCCCGUGGUUGAUGAGCGGCUGGCGCAGUUUGUGGUCAAUAGCCAUAUACGCAGUCAUCCGUUGUAUCAGAAGGAUCAGGAUGUGGAGGAUUGUGUGGCGCCGCCGCAGGAUGAGGAUAUCAUCCCGCAAGACUUGCUGAAGAAGUACAUCAUGUACGCGCGCGACAAGGUGUACCCGCGCAUCGCCGAUAUCGACCAUAACAAGCUCGAGAAGCUGUAUGCGGAGCUGAGGCGGGAAUCUAUGAUGACGGGCGGGAUCCCCAUCACGGUCCGGUACCUCGAAUCCAUCGUGCGCAUGUCGGAAGCGUUUGCGCGCAUGCAUCUGCGCGACUUUGUGAGGCAGGACGAUGUCGACCGCGCCAUCUCGGUCACGAUCCGGAGCUUUAUCUCGUCGCAGAAGUAUUCGGUGAAGAAGCAGAUGGAGAGGGCAUUCGACAAAUACCUCUCCCGCGACCGCGACUUCUUCGAGCUCCUCCAACACAUCCUCUCCGAGCUUGUCGCCGAACAUAUCCGCUUCGACUUUUACCGCAACGACGCCAUGCCCACCGGCGAGAUCCGCAUCGACGCUGAGGAGCUGGUGGUCCGCGCCCGCCAGCUGAACAUACAUGAUUUGGCGCCGUAUUACCAGAGCAGGAUCUUUAGGAGUGCCUUUAGGUUGGAUGAACGGGCGGGGGUUAUUGUUAAGAAGAUGUAGGGAUAAUAGUAGCAUAUGAAUUUCUGGACGCACCAUGGAAUGGAUUCCGUUCGAGGUUGUGCUUACUUCCAUGCCAAAUGUGCAACUUCCAUGCCAUGGGAUAUAGUACAAAUAACAGACAUAACAGACAACUCAAAACUCCAGACGCGUCAGGACAGCAGCUUCUUGCAUCCAUGCAAAAGCAACCCCCUUUCUGAGCAGACAUAUUCGGUACGCCACAGUUGUGCCGUACGCCACUGUAGUGCCACUAUAGUACACAAGAUAGAUACAACUCAAAACUCCAGCUUAACCUCCCACUCCCUCC